ACUGUUGCCUAUUUCACUGCGACGAGAGAGAAGCACGAGUGAGCAUCAACCUUAACUUCCUCUCGCAUUUCGGGGGAGAUUUUGAAAGAAGGAGCGGGUUCCCAGUCGCGUUGGAGGUGGGCAUCGGUGGGCAUACCAUGGCUUCAGUGCGGAGUCUCGUGAGAAUCCCCUUCGUCGCCAGUAGGAGGUGUCUUUUUACGGGCGCCGCCAACCUGACGAAGGCGGACGAGGGCGGCGGUGAAGCAGUCCCAGAGAGGAAGAACAAGGGGCGCAUUGCAGCCAAAGUCCCUGCCAGAAUCGAGCUCAAGGAAGGGAAGCGGUAUCUCUGGUGUGCCUGUGGCUACAGCAAGAAUCAGCCUUUCUGCGACGGAACCCACAUCUGGAGUCGCUGGCGUCUCAAGAUCAAGCAGACGCCUGUAUUCUUCAAGGCGCCGGCGACCAAGACCUACGCCCUUUGCACGUGCAAGCAGACCAACAAGCCGCCUUAUUGCGAUGGGGCGCACAGGAGGAAGGAAGUCCAGGAGGCCAUAAUCGAGUAGCUGCAGAGCCCGGGUUGUGAAACUUGUCGGGAAAGUUUUGGUGUAAUGGAUUUCGAGUUAUUUUGUUGUUGUAUACGAUUUUUUAAGUGAGUGAUUGUUAGUUCAGUUUGUGAAUAUUUGUUUUUAAAUGGAAGUAUAUAUGUAUAUAUUUCACCUGUUACUGUAAUAAAAUUUGUUGAUUGCAGGAAAAGUACUUAAUAAUUUGAUACAAUUAGGGUCCAGUUUCACGUCAUUGGCAGCUACUGAAAUCUUAUAUGAAUUGGUGAUUAUAUUGUGGUUAACGACCUUGUAUAUUACUGUUAGUGAUACAGCAGCGAUUUUGUAUCUUACUGUAAGUAUACAAAAGUGAUGAGAAUGGCCUUAACAGUAGAACGUCAGUAUUAUGUGGUGCUGUAAAUAUUUUUGUUAGAAAAUAAACAGUUGAACUAAA